CCUCUUGGGAGUUGUAGUCUUCGAUCUGGUAAACAGAACACAGCAACUCUGAUGUCUUCCCCCACCGUCCCCCGAAAACCCUCGCCCCACCCGCGAGGGACUAGGGUAAGAGGAGGGGCGUUGCCGUGGUUGGCCUAGAACUCCUAGGCUCAGACGAUCCUCUCGCCUCGGCCUCCCGAGUUAGCUGGGACUACGCGCGUGAGCCACCGCGCCCGGCAUACAGUCUGAAUUAGUCCUUACGCAAAAAGGGAAGAGGGCAGUCCGUAACCUCGCGCAGGACCAAGCUCUCGAGUUCCAGUCUUGGGCUAGCGCGCAGGGCGGAAGGGGCAAGAAGGCGGAUCCGGAAGGCGAAGAUACGUUACGCCGACGCGGGCGUGACCCUGGGCGAGAGGGUUUGGCGCGAAUUCUGAAAGCCGCCGGCGGAGCGCGCCCAGCGACCAGAGACCGAGCCUUAAGGAGAGCGCGGCGCUUCCCGAGGCGUGCAGCUGGGAGUUGAAACUCGUCUGGGUUGUGCGCAGAAGGCUGGGGCAAGCGAGUAGACUUGAAGUGGGGCGUAAGCCGGGGCGUUGGGGUCCGCGCGGGUCAGGCGCGUGUCACCCCCGCGGGGUGAAGUCGGAGCGCGCGGCCCGUUGGAAAGAGCAGCGCUGAGGGCCACGUAAUGGCAAUGCAGAUGCAGCUUGAAGCAAAUGCAGAUACUUCAGUGGAAGAAGAAAGCUUUGGCCCACAACCCAUUUUACGGUUAGAGCAGUGUGGCAUAAAUGCCAACGAUGUGAAGAAAUUGGAAGAAGCUGGAUUCCAUACUGUGGAGGCUGUUGCCUAUGCACCAAAGAAGGAGCUAAUAAAUAUUAAGGGAAUUAGUGAAGCCAAAGCUGAUAAAAUUCUGACAGAGUCUUGCUCUAUUGCCAGGCUGGAGUACAGUGGUGCAAUCUCGGCUCACUGCAACUUCCGCCUCCCAGGUUCAAGCAAUUCUCCUGCCUCAGCCUCCCCAUUAGCUGGGACUACAGGUGGAAUUGAGACUGGAUCUAUCACAGAAAUGUUUGGAGAAUUCCGAACUGGGAAGACCCAGAUCUGUCAUACACUAGCUGUCACCUGCCAGCUUCCCAUUGACCGGGGUGGAGGUGAAGGAAAGGCCAUGUACAUUGACACCGAGGGUACCUUUAGGCCAGAACGACUGCUGGCAGUGGCUGAGAGGUAUGGUCUGUCUGGCAGUGAUGUCCUGGAUAAUGUAGCAUAUGCUCGAGCGUUCAACACAGACCAUCAGACCCAGCUCCUUUAUCAAGCAUCAGCCAUGAUGGUAGAAUCUAGGUAUGCACUGCUUAUUGUAGACAGUGCCACCGCCCUUUACAGAACAGACUACUCGGGUCGAGGUGAGCUUUCAGCCAGGCAGAUGCACUUGGCCAGGUUUCUGCGGAUGCUUCUGCGACUUGCUGAUGAGUUUGGUGUAGCAGUGGUAAUCACUAAUCAGGUGGUAGCCCAAGUGGAUGGAGCAGCCAUGUUUGCUGCUGAUCCCAAAAAACCUAUUGGAGGAAAUAUCAUCGCCCAUGCAUCAACAACCAGAUUGUACCUGAGGAAAGGAAGAGGGGAAACCAGAAUCUGCAAAAUCUACGACUCUCCCUGUCUUCCUGAAGCUGAAGCUAUGUUUGCCAUCAAUGCAGAUGGAGUGGGAGAUGCCAAAGACUGAAUCAUUGGGUUUUUCUCUGUUAAAAACCUUAAGUGCUGCAGCCUAAUGAGAGUAUACUGCUCCCUGGGGUUCUCUACAGGCCUCUUCCUGUUGUGACUACCAGGAAAAGGCUUCCGGGAAAACAGCUAUUGUAUCAGUUUUUCUGAUGGUGUAAACAGGAGACAGGUCAGUAAUCACAAACUAAUCUAAAAUGUUUAUUCCUUCUGUAGUGUAUUAAUCUCUGUGUGUUUUCUUUGGUUUUGGAGGAGGGGUAUGAAGUAUCUUUGACAUGGUGCCUUGGGAAUGACUUGGGUUUAACAAGCUGUGUACUGGAUAAUCUUAGUUUCCAAGAGAACUAAAGCUGGAGAGACGUGACCCUUCUCUCACUUCUGAAUUAAUGGUAAAAUAAAAUGCCUGAGCUAUGUAGCAAAGGGAAUGGGUCUCUGCACAGAUUCUUUUUUUCUGUCAGUAAAACUCUCAAGCAGGUUUUUAAGUUGUCUAUCUGAAUGAUCUUGUGUAAGGUUUUGGUUAUGGAGUCUUGUGCCAAACCUACUGGGCCAUUAGCCCUUCACCGUCUGCCUGCUUGGUCUUUUAUUGCUAAGACUAACUCAAGAUAAUUCUAGAGUCUUAAGCAUUUCAGGCCAGGUGUGGUGUCUUGUGCCUGUAAUCCCAACAUUUUGGGAGGCCGAGGUGGUGGAUCGCUUGAGCCCAGGAGUUUUAAGUCCAGCCUGGCCAACAUGGCGAAACCCCAUCACUACAAAAAUGCCAAACUUAGCUGGACAUGCUGUGGCCCGUGCCUAUAGUCCCAGCUACUUGAUAGCCUGAGGUGGGAGGAUCACUUAAGCCUGGAAGGUGGAGGUUGCAGUGAGUUGAGAUUGUACCACUGUACUCCAGCCUGGGCGACAGAAUGAGACCAUGUUUCAAACAAAAAAGAAAGCAAUCAUUUCAGAGGCUAAGUAAACAGAUUUGAUUGUGAGGCUUCUAAUAAAGUAGUUAUUAGUAGUGAA